GAAGAAUAGCCCUUGCUGAAAGUCGCCACGAAGAAGCAAACUCCUCGCACGCAAGCGCUCACGUUAACUUGCGUACCACCCGAUCAACGAUCCCACGGCGAUCACUUUGUCGCAGUCAGUCAGAAAUCAAACGUGCGAAGCGAAUAAUUGUGGAACAAUGAUCGCGGGCAUGUCGCCGGCCGACGACCGCGCGGUAUUCCGAAACUUCAACUAUAGAUUGGACACGGAGUACGUAGAAAGAGUCGCCAAAAUUCUAUUGACUCCCAUCGGCGUCUGGCCUCUUUACGGGGGCGACUCUACGAUGGAUAAAAUCAAAUACUUUUCCCAGACAAGCGUAACAUUUUGCUUAAUGUGCUUUCUACUCGUUCCGCACGUCAUAUAUACCUUCUUCGACGCGGAGGACCUGACCAGAUACAUGAAAGUUAUAGCCGCUCAGGUGUUCAGCCUGUUGGGUAUCAUAAAAUUUUGGACAAUGAUCAUCAACAAAAACGACAUCAAGAGCUGUCUACAAGAGAUGGAGAUUCAAUACAGAGAUGUGGAGAGCGAGGAGGAUCGACUGGUGAUGCUGAAGAACGCCAGGCUCGGCAGGCAAUUCACGAUUAUAUACUUGGGCUUGUUGUACGGUGGCGCGUUGCCUUAUCACAUAAUUAUGCCACUGGUAGCGGAUAAGAUCGUCAAAGAAGACAACACGACGCACUUGCCUCUGCCCUAUCUCAGCGACUAUGUAUUCUUCGUGGUGGAAGACUCACCGUUCUACGAGAUCCUCUUCGUCGUUCAGAUUAUAUUCAGCACCAUGAUCCUGUCGACAAACUGCGGCGUUUACAGUUUAAUCUCCAGCUGCGUGAUGCAUGCCUGCUGCUUGUUCGAGAUUGCCCGCAGACACAUGGAAACAUUACUGAUUGGUGGUACUGAUCACUUUCAUGAACGAUUCGGCUGGAUAGUCACGCACCACAUGCGAGCUCUCAGGUAUGUUGAGAUGAUCGAAAAUUCAUUCAAUUUCGUCUUUCUAUCAGAGAUGGUUGGAUGUACUGUUAUCAUAUGUUUCCUUGAAUAUGGCGUUCUCAAGGAAUGGGAAGACAACCAACUAUUUGGCGUAAUUAUAUAUUUUAUAUUAGCCACUUCAAUCUUCGUAAACGUUUUUACCUUAUCAACUAUCGGCGAUCGUCUUAAGGAGGAGAGUGUGAAGAUUGGAGAGGCGUCGUAUUCCAUCGACUGGUACACGGUACCAACGAAAAACGUCAAUAGCCUAAUUAUGGUGAUGGUCAGAACGAAUCGUCCAUCAACUUUGACAGGUGCUAAAAUGUUUGAUAUCUCUCUUCAAAGUUUCUGUGAAGUGUGCAAAACAUCAAUGGCGUAUUUGAAUUUUAUUCGAAUGCUUACAACAUAAAAAUGUGGUUAUUCCAAAUGCCAUCCACUGAAAUAUUAAUUUUUUCUCUUGCUCAAAAUAUAUUAACUUCUUACCUACAUUAAAUCACAAAUACAAAAUAUUAUAUUCAUCAUUUCUCAUGUGCUCGUAUCUAUUAUUUAGCGAUGCUCAUUAAGGCGACAUUUACGGAUCGAAUGAUGAAUCAAUUACAUUACUAAUUCAUUAAUAAUUAAUUAAAAUGACAUUAAGACUGUUUUUAGGACAAACAUUAAAGCAGCAUUAACGCUCCU